AUGGAAUCUUUAAGACGACAGCCACUACGGUAUGGAGCAUUUGGUGCAUUACUUAGUUUCACAGCAUAUAAACAAAUAGAUAGUAAAUCAUUCACAUCAUCAUCAUCAUCAUCAUCAUCUUUAACAUCAUUAUCAACUUCAUCAGCUUCUAAUACUUCACCAUCAAUAACAACUUUAAUAUUAACAAUAAAUCAUCAUUUAACAACUUUACAAAAUUUACAAUCUAUAAUAUCCAAGGAAACAUUUUAUAUAUAUAAACCUCAUUUAAGUUUAAUUAUAUUAUUUUUAUUUUUUAAUUUAUGUAAAUGGGGAUUAUUUGGAAAAUUAUCAAAUAAUGAAAUAAUGAAUUUAAAAGAUAAGAUCAUAUAUACUAUAUGGGAAUUUUUUAUUGGAUUUAUAUUAUUAUGUGUUAGAUUUAAUAUUGAUGAUUCAAAAAUUGAUAUUAAAUCUAAAAAUAUUUUAAUUUCUCAAUUUAUAAAAUUUGGUGGAUUAUUUUUAGUAAUAUUAUUAUUAAAAUGUUUUAAUUAUUUAAGUUCUGAUCGUAUACAAAAUUUAUUUAACGGCCAAGAUCAACAGAAUCAAAGAUUUAGAAAUUCAAAAGAAAUGAAAUUAUGGACUAUAAAAUUAUCAAUUGGAUUAGUUAUAUUAAAUCUUGUUGAUGUUUUAUUAAUUUUUAAAUUUUUUUAUUCAUUGUACCUAAAUGGAUUUUGGUCAUUUGAUAAACUGAAUUAUUCAUCAAUAAAAGAUAAUAUAUUAAUUGCAAUUUUCGGUUAUGAAGUAUUAUCAUUAUUUCCAAUGAUUAUAUUAACAAGUUUAAAAUGUGGAUUAGAAUUAUAUCAAAUUUUAAAAUUCAAACAACAAGAAGAAGAAGAAAAUUUAAAUUGGAUUGAUCAAAAAUCAUUUAUAAUUUAUAUUGGAGAAUUUAUUGUAAAUUUAUUACAAUUUAUUUCAAUAUUAAUAUUUUCAUUAUUAUUUUUAUAUUUUUAUACUUUUCCAAUUCAUAUAUUACCAUCAUCAUAUUUAAGUUUAAAAUUAGUUAUAAAUAAAGCAAGAAAUUUUAUAAAUUUUCAAAAAAAACAUAUUGUUUUAUCUAAAAAAUUAAUAAUUCCUAAAUUUAUUAAUAAUUAUAAUGAUUAUAAAUGUGUUAUAUGUUUAGAUGAUUUAAAAAUUGAUAAUAAUGAAAAGUAUAAUAAUAUUAGAGAAAUUAAAUGUUCUCAUCAAUUUCAUUAUGAUUGUUUGAAAAAAUGGGUUGAUUAUUCUAUUUGUUGUCCAACUUGUAGAAAAGCUAUUUAA